AUGGAAUGGUAUAGCGAACGAGCUAUUUUAACUCUCGAGGAUGAACAAGCUGCAUCUAUUAACGGGACAAUGAAAGUUCAAUUCUUCGCUCUUCUUUCGCUCGUAGCAAGCAUUUAUGCCUUCCCUUCAUUGGAAGACAACGUUUAUGAGUUAGGUCAGCCGAUCCAAAAAAAUGCCGCGGAAGACAGAGUCAGGGAAGGAUUUGCGAAAUUUAUUGAAAAAAUACAAAGUGCCGGUUAUGAUCCGUUAGAAAUAGACAGGAGAGAAAUUAAUAUGAACAUCGCGAUCAUAGGACUUAUAUUCGAGGCUUUCAUUGAGAAUGUGCGAAUCUCUGGACUCAGUGACAUUCACAUCAGCAGCUUGGAAUACAGUUACCUCUUCAACAGAUUGCGUAUUGAUGUGUAUAUACCCCAAAUUGAUGUUUUAUUUGACAACACUAAAUUCGGAGCCAUUAGCCGCAGACAAGAAUAUGAAGGUGAAAUGAAUGGCAAUGUAUAUAUAAACGAAUUCCGUAUCCGGGGCGUUGUUUACGUUAAUGUCAAUGUCAUCGGACAAGUCUCUCUUCGAAGUAUUUCAUUGGACUCCAGCCUUAAGGGUAUUGAGGCCGACAUCAACGCUGUCAUAAAUGGAAACGAUGGUUCUGAAUACAUGAACAAUCUGUUCAGCGUAAGGAUCCCUGCCUUCUUUAAUAAUAACAAGGCAAGGACAAUGAAACUUCAAUUCUUCGCUCUUCUUUCGCUCGUAGCUAGCAUUUAUGCCUUCCCUUCAUUGGAAAGCAACGUUUAUGGUCAGCCGAUCCAGAAAAAUGCUGCGGAACACAGAGUCAUAGAAGGAUUUGCGAAACUUAUUGAAAAAAUUCAAAAUGAAGGUUAUGAACAAUUAGAAAUAGACAGGAGAAAAAUUAAUAUGAACGUUGCGAUUGUAGGACUUAUAUUCGAGGCUUUCAUUGAGAAUGUGCGAAUCUCUGGACUCAGUGACAUUCGCAUCAGCAGCUUGGAAUACAGUUACCUCUUCAACAGAUUGCGUAUUGAUGUGUAUAUUCCCCAAAUUGAUGUUUUAUUUGACAACACUAAAUUCGGAGCCAUUAGCCGCAGACUAGAAUAUGAAGGUGAAAUGAAUGGCAACGUAUAUAUAAAAGAAUUCCGUAUUCGAGGUGUUGUUUACGUUGAUGUCGAUGUCAUCGGGCAAGUCUCUCUUCGAAGUAUUUCAUUGGACUCCAGCCUUAAGGGUAUUGAGGUAUAA